UAUUUUAUUAGGAAGUGGGAAUUUUUUUUUUUAUUAAAUCUGAAUUUUUCAGACUUUUUUAAAUUUUUCAAAAAAAAUAAUUAAAAAAAUGAUAAACCAAUGGCCAACCAGAGCAUGCCACGUCGACUGCUCGUCCUCUUGCCGUUGGCACAGACGUGCUCUAUGCAUCGAGUAGGGCAGUGCCGUCGGCAAGAGCACAGCAGUGGACACCUGCAUGCUGCGCCGACGGCACGGACGCCGUCCUUACUGACGAGCACCGAUGGGGAUGCUCUUACCGCUAAUAUAAAAUAUACCGCUAAUCACAAUUUGGGAGAACACAUGUACUACUAAGGACAUAAAUUUCUUUUUAAUCAUUAUCUUAAAUUUUAUCUUAAUGCACCAAACUCAUAUGUUAAAAUCAUUAUCUUAGUUUUUAUCAUGACAUGUAUCUUAAGCCCAUCAUAAUUAAUUAUCUUAGAUUUAUUAUUAUUCCUACCAAACAAGUACUAAGUAUUCCCGAAAGAUUAACUAGAUUUUUGUAAAUGUUUGGUGAGUGUGUAAACGAUUAUAAAAAUGAUUUUACAUUUAUUAUGGAGAGGAAUGAUAUGCUACAUACUUUAUGUGAGCUUCAUAUAUGAACACCUAUCCCGUUUGGCGUACGUUUAGCGUUGUUCGUUUCAAUUUAUAUAUUUGGUUUGAUUCUAAUACAUUAAAAAAUGUUAUUGAAAUUUUUAAUUUUACAAAAAUUAUAAAAACCAAAGCUCGAUUUGCUUGUUUUUUCUAUAAUUUCAAAUAAAUUAAUAAAAUAACAAAUCAAGCUUUGAUUUUUAUGAAUUUUAUGAAAUUAAAAUCUUCUAUAACAGUUUUUAGUGUAUUAGCAUCAAACUAAAUAUAUAAAUCGAAACGAACAAUGCUAAAUGUGUGUCAAACGGGAUCGGUGCUCACACAAGGAGCUCACAUAAGGUAUGUAGUAUAUCAUUCCUCUGCUAUAGAAGUGUUGAAACAAUUGUAGGAAGAUGCAUUUGUAUAGUUCAUUGAUAAUAAUUUAUGUCAUUAACUUUAAAUUCAUAACAUGUCUAAAUUGAUCUUUAUUUAGUGUGUGGGAGUGAGAGAGAAUUUGUUGGCUCUAAUGAAUCUUGAAAACACCAUUAAUUUUAGAAGCAUGGUAAAACCAGACAAUGAAUGGAGAAAGCAUGCACCCCACAUUCCUACAUUGAUAAACUGGGAUGAAAAAUAAAGGAAGAAAGUUUGGUAAUAAUCACAUUCCCUCGAAAAUAAAAUCCUUGCUCCCUCUCCCUAGCUAAUCCAAGAGGAAGCCACAAAAAUAAAAAAAAAUAACGAAGUUGGGUCAGCUUCGAGGUUGGAUCAUAAAGGUAAAAACGCAAAAAUGGUGCGCGGGUUAGAGGAGGAGAAGGAGCAUUUGAGAGCCAAGUUGGGGCAGUUUAAGGGGAUGUUUGAUGGGAUCAGGCACAGUAAGAGUUUGGUCAUCGACACUAAUGGUGCUGACGAUGAUAGCCUCUCCAAGAGCCAGGCUACCAGCCCCCUGCCCGAGCCCAAUGACCAACAGCCGGCUCCCCCUGUUGAACCACGGACCGAGGCUGUUAAGCCUAACGAUGCCCCCCCUCCUCAGCCGAGAGGGCCGCCUUCAGAUUUGGAUAUGAUGAAGGAAAAGUUUGCAAAGUUGCUUCUAGGAGAGGAUAUGUCCGGUGGUGGAAAAGGCGUCCCUUCUGCUUUGGCUUUGUCGAAUGCUAUUACAAACUUAGCAGCUUCUGCAUUUGGAGAGCAAAAGAAAUUGGAGCCAAUGGCACCAGAAACAAAGGCGAGGUGGAAAAAGGAGAUUGAUUGGCUCUUAUCUGUCACAGACCAUAUUGUUGAAUUUGUUCCUUCUAAACAAAAGGCCAAAGAUGGUAGCAACAUGGAGAUCAUGAUAACAAGACAGAGAACUGACCUUCACAUGAAUAUUCCUGCCUUGAAGAAGCUCGAUGGCAUGCUCCUUGAUUGCCUGGACAACUUCAAGGACCAGAACGAGUUCUACUACGAGAAAGGGCCUAGCAACAACGAAAAAUGGUGGAUCCCGACGCCUAAGGUCCCUCCAAACGGUCUGUCUGAGGUCACACGAAAAUGGCUGCAGUAUCAGAAGGAUUCUGUCAACCAAGUUCUCAAAGCAGCGAUGGCCAUAAACGCACAGGUUUUGACCGAGAUGGAGAUCCCCGAGAGCUACAUAGAAGCUCUCCCUAAGAACGGGAGAGCGAGCCUGGGGGAUGCAAUGUAUAAGAGCAUCACAGACGAAUUCUUUGACCCGGACGUGUUCCUCCAGUCGGUGGACCUGUCAUCGGAGCACAAGAUCCUCGACCUAAAGAACAAGAUCGAGGCGUCGGUGGUGAUCUGGGAGAGGAAGAUGAUUGCCAAGGACAGCAAGCCGGCUUGGGGGUCGGCCGUGAGCAUGGAGAAGAGAGAGAUCUUCGAAGAUAGAGCAGAGACAAUCCUGCUCAUUCUCAAGCAUAGAUUCCCAGGAGUCCCUCAAUCUGAUCUAGACAUAAACAAGAUCCAAUACAACAGAAACGUGGGGCACGCCAUCCUCGAGAGCUACUCGAGAAUCAUCGAGAGCCUGGCCUUCACCGUGCUCUCGAGAAUAGACCAUGUCAUGCUCAUCGACUCCCAGGCUUCCGGGGACCAAGUGAAGAAGCCCUUCACCCCGCCCAAGUCGGACGCAGACAGUCCUACAUCGAAGCCCACGCUGCUCGAUUUCAUGGACUGGGAGAACGGGGAGCCCGACCCCAACAAGGAUGAACCUCCUCCUCCGAUCAAGCCAACCAUCAUUGCUACAAACAAGAGAUUCCUAGAGAAGCUUGAGAACUUGAGUGGCCUAAAAAGUCCAUCCUUGCGCCAUUAGUACUCACAAAUGCCAACAUUAUUUAUGUAUGUAUAUAUAAAGUGAUCAUAACUAAUCAAAAUUCUAGUUUUUCACCUUUUUAGGACAACACAAAAUUCAUACUUCAACUCUGGAUUUUGAUGUAGUAGUAUUAGAAAUGCAAGCAACUCGCUCUACACAAGAAUGUAACUGUUUUACUAAGUUGAUCUUUCUGGAUUAGAGGAGACUUAUUGUUUUAUAUGAUUGAUGUAAAGAGAAAAAAAAUGUUCCUAGUUAUUUA